UAACAAAUCAUGGAAGACAGACCUUCAUACCAUCUAACAUGCCUAGCCAUCCUCAACAAGAGUUGCAUACACAAGAUGAAAUACCUAGCCUUCCGACCACACAAGACUCUCCAGCAACAUCAAUGGUGAAACUAUCUACCUGUAGCAACGAAAGAAACGAGGGUGAUGACCAACGCAUAAGUGAACUCAACAAUCAAGAAUUAUCGUCACCACCGAAAAGGUAUUUGCUUUUUGCGCACCUAUCAAGAGCACCAUCACUUUUGGACCAUGAAUGCUUCCCUGUAGAUAUGAACCUACUGGUAGACUAUUUGUGGAUCUGUACAUAUUGACUUAACACCUGCAAGCACACUGUUGCUAAGUGUUGAUGUAUGGUGGUUGAAUGCUACUUAGUAUGUAUUGUAGUCUAAAUUCA